AUGGCGGCGUUCCGAGCAUUUUGGGCCGAGUACAAGGCGAUUAAAGAGGAAGGCUCUCUGUUUUGGGACCCCGACCAUAAGUCGGCUAAGUGGGCAGGACAGCUAGGCAUUGGCAAAUCGCUCAGCAACGUGGCUGGGCUGUGGUCGGGCGCGAUAGCGGGCAACGUGGGCGGCGACUACUUCACUUAUACGACGGCCGAGGAUUCUAGAAUUCAAAGUCUCCUCAAAAUCUGGAUUAACCCGAUCGCACAACCGGCCCAAGGCCAGGACAGUUACCCUUACGAUGAGGCCACAAUUCAGAGCGUGUUAAAGAGAGCGGACGCCCCAGAGCCCGACCAGACCCUCCGCCUGGGCGUGGUCGGCGAUGGCGAGGAGCUCCUAAUCCCCGCCGCGGUGCUUCCAGGCCCCAACGACAAGAAUACCGACAAUAAAGGCGGGCUGCUCAAACUCAAGACGCAUUGUUUUAAAACCAUUAAGGAUAUGCAAAAGCACAUGAAGGAUAAUGGCAUCCCCAUGGAGGCCAAUUAUGACUCGGCCGUCUUCACUUCCAAAAGAUACAAGGUUGUAAACCAAAACACAAAGCAGGCUAUUAUUGAUAAGAGGGAGAGCGAGGUAGUACCCGGUCCCAAACGCCUACUCCGAUUCAUGCCGCGCGAUUUAAAGACCUCAAAGACCGCGAGGGUCAACGGAAUGCAGGGGACCAGAGCGAGCGGCUCUUCUUUUUCUGACAAGCUGGUACUUGCCAGGGGUUACACCAUCACGCUGAAGAAGAAUAUGAAGGCCUUUGCGUUCCCUGCCCCAAAGCGCAACGCAUGCCCCCUUGACCAGACUCUCGGCAGGAACCCCAGUAGUGGAGCGACUAACUUGCCACAGACGCCGAGGACGGAUAAUCUCCAGCAGCAGCGUCAACAGUAG